ACUGGGUACAGCAAGUUUUGGUACGGUACCUGCUGUCAUGUUGCCAGCAUCUAUCGGCCAUCUCAAUGUUAAAGGUUGAUCACAAAUGGGUUUAGUUAGUUUAUAUUUAGCUCAGGGUUUUGCGUUGGGAGGGGCUUGAAAUGCUGCAAGGUCAGACUCUUUGAGUGCCAGGUGAAACCUACGUAGGUACAAUGCUACGGAUUACGUAAUGAAACUGCGUCCCCAGUUCCCCUGAGCUACGAAAAAUAGCUUGAUAUCCCCUUUCAAGCCCAACAAUCUUCAAGUCCUACGCUACCUAAAAGAAGCGAGGAUUUCUAAGCGGAUAAAGGUGACCGCAAUAAUAAAGGGAAAAAAAAAAAAAACGAUGAGGGGCUUUUCAUUUAAUAAGCAUGGCCACUUUACCCAUGUUGGUCGCCGCUCUAAGAGCAAGGUUUAGGUUUAGGAGCUAAAAGCCCGCGAGCUGACGGGCUUGUCGUCGCGCGCCCUUUAAGUAGCGACCCAAUGUUUUUGGGAAUUUCAGAGAUAAGGAGAGAGCAAUAUCAUCGGAUCGGACCGGUGCCCGACGAACUCAUCUAUAUCUGGACCCCUCGAAGUCUCGAAAAAUUCCCAUCUUGCUCGCGAGAGCCUGAGCGACAUUCUUUGACACCUUCGCGAUGGCAACCGCGACUUCGACGACGACGGCCAUUGAGCUGGGACCGCUUACCACGGUGUUGCAGCGUGAGCCUAUCGAAGCGCCGAAGAGCGACAGCUCGAGUACGGUCGAUCCUGUGCUGGAGGCAUCUCGCUUGGCCGAUUCUGACGUGCCUGAUGGCGGCUAUGGUUGGGUCGUCGUAGCGUCUUGCGCCGUGCUGUCGUGGUGGACUAUCGGCACUAGUUACAGCUGGGGAGUCAUCCAGGGCUACUUGGUGGAAGACGGCCUUUCGACGCCGGCGGUUCUGUCCUUCGUCGGGGCGCUCGGUCCCACUUUGCUCGCCGCCGUAGCGAUUCUGAACUCGCGCAUUAUGCGCAUGAUCGGCGUUCGGUAUACCGGCAUGUUGGGCAUCUUUCUCAUCGGACUUGCUGAGAUCUUGGCGGGCUUCGCUGUGAACAGCGUCCCUGGCCUUUUCAUCACGGAAGGUGUAUUGUUGGGACUGGGAUUUGGACUCACGUUCAUAGUUACCUCAACCGGGUCGGCGCAAUACUUCAGCAAGAAGCGUGGUCUGGCUAACGGCGUUGUCUUUGCUGGCGGUGGCUUUGGCGGCGCCGUUCUCAGCUUGGCACUUGACCCUCUAAUCCGAGCUGCUGGCCCUGCUUGGGCGUUUCGAACUCUCGGCCUUAGUACGAUCGCCACGGGGCUACCGGCUGCUUGGUUCAUAAAAGAAAGAACCCCCAUUCGUAAUGGUGGGUUUGUUGAAUGGCGUCUAUUCAAAAACCCCAGUUUCGUUUUCGUCUUUAUUGGUGGUGCUAUAGGGACCUUUCCUCUGCUUGUCCCUCCGUUCUUCAUCCCCCUCUUCGCCAAUGCUAUUGGCCUGAGUUCUGCGACAGGUGCUGGCCUGUUAGCAGGUUUCAACUUUGCAUCAGCAGUGGGAAGAAUCUUGAGCGGUCUCCUGUGUGACAAGAUCGGCCCCCUUAACGCCCUGUUCCUCGCGCUCAGCUUAGCAGCCAUCAGCAUGCUUGCCGUCUGGCCAGUGUCUACGUCUCUAGCUCCGCUGGCGGUCUUUAGCGUCGUGAACGGAAUGGCGAAUGGUGGAUUCUUUUCCACUAUGCCAACAGUGGUGGGAAACUGUUUCGGGUCGGCUAGAGUCACAGUUGCCAUGGGUAUGAUCGUAACAAGCUGGAGUGGUGGAUAUCUUUUGGGAGCCCCUAUUGCAGGAUACUUGCUCGAUGCCUACGGUGGACAAGGUGCCGGCUUCCAGGCUUACCGUCCGGCUAUGUUUUAUGCUGGGUCUUUGGCCCUCGGUGCUGCGGGUUUUAUUGAGCUUGUCCGUUUCCGCACUAAUAGGAACUUUUUCGCGAAGGUCUAAAUGUAUUAGUUGUGGAAUGAUUUUUUUUAGUAGAGGAGGAGACAAUCGCGAGGGCGGAGGUAGCUAGGUCUUCAUGUUCUCAUCUGGCUUUCAGGCUGCUUACAUCGCUAGUGUUUUGUUUCUAAUAGAUUGGAAAUCGGAAUAUGAGAGCUAUCCUUUUAUAGGAGACUGUGGUAUAAAUAGAUAUGGGAUGGUACCUUCACGGUGAAGAUUUCCCGCAUGUCUAAAAGGUAAAACGGGACAUUGUGCAAAGUCGUGAUCCAAUUGCUCAGACCUUUGGUGAGCCCGGCUACUCUUCAGCCACUCUAAGUCUAUCAUAAUCCUGUCUCAUGCAAAGUCUAGGUCAAUUAUCUAGGCCUACUUGCCUGCCGGUACAUCUAUCGUACGGGUCGGAGUAUAUGCCGAUGGAUACCUACUGUGUGAAAGCGAUAACCUCGUAGUUAAACAUCAUUGAAGCAUUAUUCUUUAUGAUCAUGUAGGUUAGCUCCUCUAAUUUUCUUCAGCCCAUUUGUCGGAGACUUCAGUGUCAUGUUCAUUGAACAUAGUAGAG